CAUGGGAUUGAGCCUUUUCCGUGCCAGUACCGGCAGAAUUGCAAACAUUUCUCCAUUGAUACAAAGUAUCUGAUGCGGCGGCGGGCUGUACCAUGUGAGCCCACGGGGGGCCGCUGAGGCUGGGUCCGGGUCGUCCAUGGGGCCGUGGAGGGACAGCACGCCGCUGCCUAUUUGCAAAAGUGACAUAAAGCCAAAAAAAGCAAAACCUUGAUCUGAGGCUGUUCUCACCUCGGAGGCAGCAUGUCAGGAGGGCCCUCGCCCCCUCCCCCUGUAGAGGUGUCAAGUGGACCGGUAGCGGAGAGCUGGUGUUACACCCAGGUGAAAGUAGUAAAGUUUUCCUACAUGUGGACCAUCAGUAACUUCAGUUUUUGUCGAGAGGAAAUGGGCGAAGUGUUAAAAAGUUCUACUUUUUCAUCGGGGCCAAAUGAUAAAAUGAAAUGGUGCUUAAGAGUUAACCCAAAAGGACUGGACGACGAGAGCAAGGAUUACCUGUCCUUGUACCUGCUGCUCGUCAGCUGUCCGAAGAGUGAAGUUCGAGCAAAAUUUAAGUUCUCUCUGUUAAAUGUGCGGCGGGAGGAGACAAAAGCCAUGGAGAGUCAGAGGGCAUACCGGUUUGUCCAGGGUAAAGACUGGGGCUUCAAAAAAUUCAUCCGGCGAGACUUCCUACUUGAUGAAGCCAAUGGUCUCCUGCCAGAUGAUAAACUCACGUUGUUCUGUGAGGUGAGCGUAGUUCAGGAUUCUGUCAACAUAUCGGGACAGUCCAGCACAAACAACCUGAAAGUGCCGGAGUGCCGCCUGGCCGAGGACGUGGGCUCUCUGUGGGAAAGCAGCCGCUUCACGGACUGCAGUCUGCACGUGGGCGGCCAGGAGUUCAAAGCUCACAAAUCCAUCCUCGCAGCUCGAUCCCCGGUUUUCAAUGCAAUGUUCGAACACGAGAUGGAAGAGAGCAAGAAGAACAGAGUAGACAUUCACGACAUGGAACCAGAAGUGUUUAAGGAAAUGAUGGGAUACAUCUACACCGGAAAGGCUCCUAAUUUAGAGAAGAUGGCUGAUAACUUGUUGGCAGCAGCAGAUAAAUAUGCUUUAGAACGGCUAAAAGUCCUAUGCGAAGAGGCCCUAUGCAAUAGCCUGUCAGUGGAGAAUGUCGCCGACGUCCUUAUCCUCGCAGAUUUGCACAGCGCAGAACAGCUGAAAGCACAAGCAAUAGACUUCAUUAACAGAUGUAGUGUUCUCCGGCAGUUGGGCUGCAAGGACAGCAAAAACUGGAACGGCAGUCAAGCUAUGGACGUAAUGGAGACAGACGGCUGGAAAUCCAUGAUCCAAUCCCAUCCACACCUAGUAGCAGAAGCCUUCCGAGCACUCGCAUGCGCACAGUGUCUGCCUUUUGGAUUUCCAAGGAAGCGGCUAAAGCUGUCUUAAGAGUCGCCCCCGAGAAGCUUUGUCCCACCUGUCAAGGACUUUUACAGUCAGUGUUCCGAACUGUUUCACCUACCACACAAGCCGAAGCUUUUUUUUUUUUUUUUGUUCUGUUUCUUCCCCGCUCUGGUUGCGCACGCACAAGACUGAGGACCUAUCUAACAUUUGCUUUGCAGAUGGAUGACGUCAUCGAAUCCACAGCUUUAAAUUCAACAGGUUGUUCUCGUAUUCACUAAAUUGCCUUAAAUUAUCAAAUCCGGACUCGGUUGUAAAGUUUGCCAGUUGUUCCGUUGUAUCGUUACUUUUAUUAUGGUUUUUUUUUUUUUAACAAACCGUGCCUUGUCAUGUGACCAGGCUAUGUGGGAUUGCACUAGCGUCAUAUUACCGUAAUAAUUAUAUCGGCAUUAUUUGUUUUGGAAGGAUGAGUUUCGGCUGUUUUUGUCUUGGUCGUUAGAGGGUAGAUGUUUGAUAGGUUCGUCCAUUUCCGUACUGAAAAGGGAUUUGGCCCAUAAACGUCCGAAGACCUAUCAACUUGAAAGUGCAAUUGGUGGCGGUUCUGACCUUCGGGACCCCAACCGAUCCCAAGAAGUGAAUGGGGCUUGCCCAUUUCCAUAGCUCCUGUUGGCUCAAGUGGAGUUUGACUGCUUGUGCACCCCGCCGCUUGCUCAACAGGCGUCCUAUUCUUGGGACUAGUGGCUCCCCCUAAUAAUUGCACCGUACAAGACCUUCUUACAGGUGAGAAGAGGCAGGACACCAGCUUAACUUGGGGUUGGCAUCGCCCCAAUAAAAAGAUAUAAAUAAAUAAAUCAAAUCCAUCUCAACCAGUAGUUUCCCGCCAAGGGUUGUCAAAUGGUUCCUGUAGAUGAGGCCUGCUAAAAAAAACCUCCAAACCAUGUGUGGUCUAUAUAGCAUCACCCCGUUACAUGACAUAAUGUGUUAGUCACCGAGACGCCCCCUGCUGCUCCGUUCAGCCAUGUCUUUUUCUUAGCCAGCAGGUUGGCCGCCAGUGAGGUUGUCCAGAGACCCAAAUGGCUUUUCUCUUAGGUGAGAUUCCGAUUUAAAAAUCGAAAAAUCGCACUAUGCUACGCCCUGUUACACCCCUAAACUCCACUCCCACUUGACCUUCAAAUCCUCACUCUCAGCUUAGCAUUGCAGCCUGCCCCGCGCCCUUCUGCAACUGAACCUGCUGCACAGGCGGUAAAUCUGUUGCUGUGGCUCGUGGCCAGUAGGGGGGCCCCUGAUUUCGGAUUUGCACGGUGGUAAAGUCCACCCCGCUGUCCUGAUUGUAAUUGGUUAUUAGGCAUUUUUCUAGGGAUAUUCUAUUUUACGACUUGACCUAAAGGGAUCCAGGAUUAGAAAAAGGGUCUGCAUCUUUCCCAGCAACAGCGCCAAUCCGGUCUAUGGGCUGUCUCCGGUAUUGCAGCAUUCGCUUGAGUGGGGCUGAGCUGUUAUGAAUCGCUUCGCCCAUGGACAAAAGUUUCUGGGGGGAAGAAUUUUCAUUUACUGGUGAUAAUUUUUUUUUUUGAUAUUUUUUCGCAAACUUGGCUUCCUAUUUUACAAAAA